GUAUUAAUUUUAACUGAUCCCCAUUUUUCGGUAACGGGCCGUUGGAACUCAUCAGAUUUACAAAUCGUAACUAACUAGGAUUAUUAAGUGGCUAAUAACAAGAGGGUAAAACAUUAUUAAAAACAAAAAAAAAUGUUGAAUAAUAUAGCGACGAGGGAGAGGGAGAGGGAGAGAGAUGGUGAUGAAGAACUCCUCCUCGUACCAGUUGGUGGUGUAGGAGUAGGAGUGCCUGGAAAUGGAGGAGCAGCCUCUAAGACCUUGUCCUCCCCAUCUCCAUCUCUACCACCACCUCCUCCAAUUUGCCAUCAUCACUCUGGCCGUGAGGCAUUUUCUAAAGUCAUUCGUAGCUGGGCUUCGAAGAAGUUUAUGACAGGAUGUGUCAUACUUCUUCCAAUGGCUAUAACAUUCUAUGUAACAUGGGGUUUCAUCCACUUUGUUGAUGGUUUCUUCUCUCCAAUCUAUACUGAACUGGGGAUCAAUAUUUUUGGUCUCGGAUUUGUUACCUCUAUCACCUUCAUCUUCUUAGUUGGAAUUUUCAUGUCAUCCUGGUUGGGAGCUUCGGUUCUUACUCUUGGCGAAUGGUUCAUUAAGAAAAUGCCUCUAGUAAGCUAUAUUUAUGCUGCCUCAAAGCAAAUAAGCACAGCAAUAUCGCCAGACCAGAGCUCUAAUGCUUUCAAGGAAGUGGCUAUUAUAAAACAUCCACGUAUUGGGGAGUAUGCGUUUGGAUUCAUUACUUCUACAGUUGUUCUUCAGAGGAAUGUAGGCGAAGAAGAACUCUGCUGUAUUUAUGUGCCAUCAAACCACCUCUAUAUUGGAGACAUAUUUCUUAUUGAUUCCAAUGAUGUUCUGAGGCCUAAUCUCUCCGUACGAGAAGGGAUUGAAAUUGUUAUCUCUGGGGGUUUGUCAAUACCCCAAAUAUUGACUACAAUGGACGCACAAGCCACCACAAGUGGAAGAAGAAUCGGCAAAGCUAGGAGCAUCAAUAGUAUAAUGGUGAGACUUGAGUAUGGUCAUGGAACAGUGGGAAUGUAUUUGCUAUGAAAUAAGUUUUGGUGUUCAGAAAAAGAGCGUUAACAUUCUGUUAUUAAAAAGGACUUAUUUUAAUUCACUUUGGUUUUCUUUUUCUAACAAAGAAUAUAAAAUAAUAAAGGAAAACAAGUGUAUUAAAUUGAUGUUUCCUAUUAAAUUGCAGUAGGAAGGCAAUGUUAAGCGAAGAAAUGCUGUGUGAAGAAUUAUAUAGAAGAAAAUGGAGUGGAAACCUCGAAUCCAAGUGAGAAGGAACUUUUUCUACGAACCUUUCUACCCUGAAUCUGUACUAUUUUCGUCAUCUACCUAAUUUUAAGUUGCAAUGGUCUCCUAUACUUCGUCCUUUUUGGAAUACAAAAUUGAACAUGAUUUUCAAUUUUUCAAAAAAGAAUGAUGCAUUAUCUCUUCCUUCAAAAUUUCUAGUGUAAUGAAAAUUAUCAAAACUGAUAGCCAAAACUUCGUAAAGAAUUUUGCAUCCACUAAAAUAAUUUUCUGGAAAAGAUAGUUUAAUCCACUAAUUCCCUAAAAUAUCAUCGAUUAAUCCUUAAAAUAAUUAUCAUUCCUUGAUUCUUUCGGCUUGUGAGAAAGUAUCACAAGCACAAAAGAAGCCCAGACAAGCAGCAAAGUGCAAAAACAAUUCUGAAACCCUAAUUCCCCAUAUAAAUAUAGGCUAAUGUUAUUACCAAAAAAAAAAAUGAUCGCAUAAUAAAGCAAAUGAAUUAAAUUAAAACAUCAACCUAUUGUAACCCCGCUCAGGUUUUCUAGUGAACAAAAUAAACAGUACUCUUAACACCGAAAAAAGUACACAAAAUCGCUUAAAGCAGAUUAAAAUAGCUGCUGCUUUGCUGUGGCUGGCUCUAUGAAGGAAAACAAAAGUCCUAGAAGAAAAACCAUAUACAACAGUUCAAAACCAAAAUGUAUUUACAACAGCCUCUUAACUUUUCCUAAUCUUCCACAGUCUGAAUCUCACCCAUCAUGAUCCGGUUACUGACAACAUUAAAUCCCAAAACAGCAGGGCUAACCUUCUUUCCUUUCUUCCCCUUCUUCUUCCCACCUUUCAAGAACCCAUCACCUGCAUUGGCAUCUCGAUCAACAUCUCCAACACUGGCAAAGUCGGAACUCAUGUCUCCAGCACUGAACCCAGUGACAUUUUGAUCAUUUC